CAUUCGGAGACCUGGGGAAGGAUUGAUAAUCUGCAUCAGAUAAGCUGCGUCACGUGACAUGGUCGGGGUUUGCUUAUGUCUUUUCUUCUAAUAGAUGAAUCCUCAGUGUUUUCAUACUCAUCACAGCCAAUAAAUUCUGCGACGCAAUUUACAGGAUGAUGAUGCCGCACAGCAAUGCGGAACAGGAGGAGUCUAUGCUGGGGCUUCCGACGACGGACAGCGACAGUGACAGCGAAUUCGAUGUAGAAGAGGACGUGCACAGUGAUGUGGACGAGGAGGAGAUUAAGAAGUGGCUUUCGACGAAGUACGAGCGCGGCUCGAAAAAGCCCAUGAAGAAGCCUCUCACAGCACCUUGGGAUCUGCCGAUCAGCGAUGCAGACGUGGAGAAGCUCAAAGUCGGGUUCAAAUGUCGAAUCAUGGACGACAAAUGGGACAUGCUGAUCGAGGAUCCGGACGAAAAUGGCAACAUAUCUCUCCACAUCCUUCGAAGCUGGUUACAGGAGCCGUGCUACAUACUUCACAUUGUUCCUAAACCAAGCAACGAUGAUUUUGGGAGUGCAAAGAUCCAAAGCAUCACCUGGGAAGGGAACAAGGCUGGGUUGCAAUGCGAUGCAGAGCAGGCAAAAAAGGAAACCGUAAUUCUGACCAGAUGCCACCUCCACUGCGAGUUUGAGAUGCUCCCGGACUACCCGUCCUCGGUGUUUUGGGAUCCUAGUGCUUAUAAGAAGCUGGACGCGGAAUAGGUUACUAGGCCCCCUAGAAGGCCAUCCGGUAGUGUCAUUUCUGCAAUAUACUAUUCCAGUGUGUCGUAGCGGCUGUCAUGCCAUCGUUUGCUCCUCAACUGCAUUACAAGUUGGGAGUUGGAUAGGUAGUACUACUUUGGGGUUUAUAUAAGUCUUACACUGGUACCCGUAGUAUAACUAUAACCUCAGGCACAGACAUCUCUUCGUAAUCAAUUUUAUUCUCCUGAACAUGCUGAGCCGGUG